AUGUAUUCCAAGUCACUCGUUAUCCCGGUACUCUUCGCUACUUUCGGAGUGGCCCAAGAAGAUGUCCGGUAUGAAACCCGCAUAGCAACGAUAACCCAAUGCUUCACCCGCGAUGGUCUGAGUCCUCUAGCUACCGUCACCGUCCCUGGCCCAACAUGCGUGGUUCACAAGCCAGCUGUCACAGGAGAAGCCAUCAUUGUCGAAGUCCAAGCUCCCGACUGCCACUGCGGCUGCCCAACUUGUGUCCACACUCUUGAAUACACUACCAAGUACCCUGCUUUCUGCUCUACUGGUCUUUUUGAGCAGGUGUAUGUAAUCACGGAGACGUACAGUGGUAUGGAGGCAAAGCCUACUAAGCACGAGCACGAUCUUCCUUAUGGAUUCACGUGUGAUGUUCAGACAUGUACUACUUGUGGUCCUGAGCCUGUCACCGCGACUAUCACGUACCCUGUUUCGGACCGUCCUUACAUGAACGAGGUUGCACCAACUGAGAUGCCCAUGGCAAAGCCUGGCAAUGAGAAGCCUGGCAAUGAGAAGCCUGAGGAGCAAGGAAACGCUGCACCAAAGGUCACUGGAGACGACAACGGAUUCCAAUCAAGCGUCAGGCCCAGCACGGUGCCUGAUUCUCCUGAGAGUGCUUCUCCUGGAGAGUCCACAGAUCGCCCUGUUAUCGUAUCUGGCGCCAUGGGUCAACAUUUGGGAUUGGCUGGUGCUGGUGUUGCGUUCUUUGCUCUUAUUCAAUUCUUGUUCCUCUGA